GAUGAUGAUGAUGAUGAUGAUGAUGAUGAUGAUGAUGAUGAUGAUGAUGGGAUUAUGAUGAUGAUGAUGAUGAUGAUGAUGAUGAUGAUGAUGAUGAUGAUGAUGAUGACGAUUAUGAUGAUGAUGAUGAUGAUGAUGAUGAUGAUGAUGAUGAUGAUGAUGAUGAUGAUAUAUGAUGAUGAUGAUGAUGAUGAUGAUGAUGAUGAUGAUGAUGAUGAUGAUGGGAUUAUGAUGAUGAUGAUGAUGAUGAUGAUGAUGAUGAUGAUGAUGAUGAUGAUGAUGACGAUUAUGAUGAUGAUGAUGAUGAUGAUGAUGAUGAUGAUGAUGAUGAUGAUGAUGAUGAUCGAUGAUGAUGAUGAUGAUGAUGAUGAUGAUGAUGAUGAUGAUGAUGAUGAUGAUUUCGAAUGA